AUGUCACAAGAUCAUUCAGUUUCAAAAAGACUUCAAAGCGAAUUAAUGAAUUUAAUGAUGGGACCAUCACCAGGUAUUUCCGCAUUCCCAGAUGGUGAUAAUAUUUUUAAUUGGGUUGGCACUAUUCAAGGAGCAGAAGGUACAGUUUAUGAUCAAUUAGAAUUUAAAAUGUCAUUAAAAUUCCCAACUGACUAUCCAUACAAGCCACCAACUGUUAAAUUUGAAACUCAAUGUUUCCACCCAAAUGUAGAUACUAAUGGUAAUAUUUGUCUUGAUAUUCUUAAAGACAAAUGGUCACCAGUUUAUAAUGUUAGAACUCUUUUACUUUCAAUUCAAAGUCUCUUAGCCGAGCCAAAUAAUGAAAGCCCAUUAAACAGUUAUGCUGCCUCUAUUUGGUCCAACCAAGACGAAUAUAAAAAAGUUUUACUAAAAAAAUAUCAAGAGGCAACAGGAAUAACCAUUAAUUAA